ACCGCCGCGGCUGCCUGUACAGUAAGAACCCAAUAUGGCAGCGGCGGUAGCAGUGGCAACGGCAGCAGGAGGACCGGCCGCCCCAUAGACCCCCCCGCGCACCCCGCCCGCCGCUUCCUCUGCUUGGGUGCUCCUCGGCCCGACUUCCCCUUCCUCCCACCUUUCCCGGCACCGCGGGAAAAGCAGCGCAGGGCAGAGCAGGCAGGGAGGGCGGCCGGAGCCCGGACACGGGAGCCUCCCAGUCAGUUCAAGACCCGACAUGAGGGAAAAGGGCCGUAGGAAGAAGGGCAGGACCUGGGCGGAGGCCGCCAAGACGGUCUUAGAAAAAUACCCCAAUACACCCAUGAGUCAUAAAGAAAUUCUUCAAGUUAUCCAGAGAGAAGGACUAAAAGAAAUCAGAAGUGGGACUUCCCCUCUUGCAUGCCUCAACGCAAUGCUGCACACAAAUUCCAGAGGGGAAGAAGGCAUCUUCUAUAAGGUUCCAGGUAGAAUGGGAGUAUAUACUUUAAAGAAAGAUGUACCAGAUGGGGUGAAAGAGCUAUCAGAAGGUUCAGAAGAAAGCAGUGAUGGUCAGUCAGAUUCCCAGAGUUCCGAGAACAGCAGCAGCAGCAGUGAUGGUGGCAGCAACAAGGAAGGAAAAAAGAACAGGUGGAAGAGGAAAGUAUCGUCUAGAUUGUCUCAGCCAUCCUCUCCUCAGUCAGGCUGCCCAUCACCCACCAUUCCAGCAGGUAAAGUCAUUUCUCCAUCACAGAAGCACAGCAAGAAGGCACUAAAGCAGGCUCUAAAGCAGCAACAGCAGAAGAAGCAGCAACAGCAGCAGCAGCAGUGUAGGCCAAGCAUGUCCAUUUCUUCCAACCAACAUCUCUCGCUCAAGACUGUCAAAGCAGCCAGUGACUCUGUAUCUGCCAAACCUGUGGUAUGGGAAGGAAAGCAAUCCGAUGGACAGUCCAGCAGCCCUCAUAAUUCAAACUCUAGCUUUUCUUCUUCAGUUAAAGUGGAAAGUCCUUUGCUAGGCUUGGGAAAGAAGUCGUUCCAGAGGUCUGACAGACUCCAUACACGGCAAAUGAAAAGGACUAAGUGUGCUGAAAUUGAUGUCGAGACACCGGACUCCAUUCUGGUUAAUACAAAUCUACGAGCCCUGAUCAACAAACAUACCUUUUCAGUCCUUCCUGGAGAUUGCCAACAGCGACUGCUUUUGCUGCUUCCAGAGGUGGAUCGACAGGUUGGUCCAGAUGGUCUGAUGAAGUUAAAUGGCUCAGCCCUUAACAAUGAGUUCUUCACUUCGGCAGCCCAAGGCUGGAAAGAAAGACUGUCAGAAGGUGAGUUUACACCUGAGAUGCAGGUGAGAAUUCGACAAGAGAUUGAAAAGGAGAAGAAAGUGGAGCCAUGGAAAGAACAAUUCUUUGAAAGCUACUAUGGCCAGAGUUCUGGCUUGAGCCUUGAGGAUUCAAAGAAGUUGACGGCUUCACCCAGUGAUCCCAAAGUAAAGAAAAGCCCAGCUGAGCCACCAAAAUCUGUGCUUUUAGAGGCCUCACCUGUCAAUAUAGACCCAGUCAUUCCCCAGUUAGAGUCUAAAGAUGAAGUAGUACAAAUGGUGUCACCAAUCAGAAAAGAAGAGCACGAAAGCCAGGAUAAGGUGCAGCCAAACUUCUCCAAAUCCACGGAGCCUCUGCUUUCUGCAGCUGGCGGUACGGAUGAGCUUCUUCCCAUCAAGUGCCCAAAGGGAGAGGAUCUCUUGGAGCAGAAGCCAGCUGUUUCUGCUGAACAGGAGUCUGAGAAAGAGAAUCAUCUCACUAAAGCUUCUAAUUUUAAUAAAAAUGAAAACCAAGAAGCUGCUUCAGUUACAUCCCCCAUCAAACCCAAGAGCCCUAGUGUGGAAAAACCAAUCCAGCCCACAUUAGGAACAGGUCAGCAGGAGACUACCGUGAAAGAGCCUCCAUCACUUCUGGUUGAUCACAGCCCAGAAAGCCUCAAGAGAAAAUCUCUCACCCAAGAGGAGGUCCCUCCGAGCUGGGAGAAGAGACCACGUGUCACUGAGAAUCGCCAGCACCAGCAGCCAUUUCAAGUCUCACCACAGCCCUUUCUCAACAGAGGGGACAGAGUCCAGGUGCGAAAAGUACCACCCCUCAAGAUCCCGGUCUCCAGAAUCUCCCCCAUGCCAUUUCCUGCAUCGCAGGUCUCUCCCAGGGCUCGUUUUCCAAUCUCCAUCACUAGUCCUAACAGAACAGGAGCCAGAACCCUUGCAGACAUCAAAGCAAAAGCCCAGCUGGUCAAAGCACAGAGGGCAGCAGCGGCUGCUGCAGCUGCCGCCGCUGCAGCCGCCUCAGUUGGAGGGACCAUUCCAGGACCUGGUCCCGGGGGUGGACAAGGUCCAGGAGACGGUGGUGAAGGAAAAACUGCUAGAGGAGGGAGUCCAGACUCAGACAGAGUCCGUGAAACUGGAAAGGGCUCCACACUGGAACUGGCAGGAACUGGAGGCAGGGGAGGUACGAGAGAGCUUUUACCCUGUGGUCCAGAGACUCAGCCCAAAUCUGAGACCAAGACCCCAUGCCAGGCACAGCCUCCUAGUGUUUCUGGAGCACAACUACAGCAAACCUCCUCAGUGCCUCCAACAUCUGCCAUCGCUGGAACAUGCACAAAUGUCCCAUCACCAGCCCACACUAAUGCACCCCCAACUUUAGGGAAAUUGAAUAGUGAAAAACUGAAUCCCAACAGGGCAACAGCCACAGUGGCCUCUCUUAGCCACAUACAAGGGCCCGAUAAUUGCAAGCAGGAGAAAGCACCUUCUACUCCAACUGAUGCUGCUCUAAUCUCAGGUGCCUCACCCGUUCAUUUUGUAGCUGAUGGCACAGUUGAGCCCAAAGCAGGUUCUGGUAAAAAUACACCAAACCCUUCAGCCUCAGCAGAGACAAGUGCUAGUGCUUCAGUGGAUAUGACUUCCUCCCCUUUAACAUCUUUAUUAACAACAGCCACUUUAGAAAAACAGUCUGUACCCCAAGUCAGUGUAACUACAGUACCUACUGGAUCAGCUCCAUUCUCAAGCACUUUGCCAGCAGCUUCUAGCCUUAAAACUCCUCCAGGAGCUUCUUCAAAUAUGAAUGGACCCAUUUCAAGGCCAAGCUCUAGUAUCCCAGCUAAUAAUCCUUUGGUGACUCAACUGCUCCAGGGCAAAGAUGUUCCCAUGGAGCAAAUUCUGCCUAAACCUCUCACCAAAGUUGAAAUGAAAACUGUUCCACUGACUACAAAAGAGGAGAAGGGGGCAGGCACACUCUCAGGCACCCACGUCACAGGAAACAGCAUCACAGAGGAAGUUAACGAGCGGCAGCCCCCUCCCGUGGUACAGCAGCUCGGUAAAGCCUUGCAAAGUAAGCAUCUCCCCCAGGUUCCAAGACCUCUUCAGCUGUUUUCAGGUAAGGAUCUGAGGGACCCUAGCAUUGACACACACCAGUACCAGGAAGGACUAAGUGAAGCAACCCAAGAUCAGAUCCUUCAAACUCUCAUCCAGAGGGUUCGGAGGCAGAAUGUUCCCUCAUUUGUGCAGCCCUCCCAGUUCAACUUAACUCACUCAGGUUUCCAGUUAGAAGACAUCUCUACAAGUCAGAGAUUCAUGCUGGGUUUUGCUGGCAGAAGGACAUCCAAGCCUGCAAUGGCAGGUCACUACUUACUUAACAUUUCCACCUAUGGCCGGGGUUCAGAGAGCUUUAGGAGGACCCAUUCUAUAAACUCUGAAGACCGAUUUUGUCUGAGUAGCCCCACAGAGGCCUUGAAAGUGGGGUAUGGAGACUGUAAAAAUGCAACAGGAGAUAGUAGCAGUGGCAAAGAAGAAUCUGAUGAAGAAAGUACUGGUGAUGAGCAAGACUCUAUCAUGAUAAAGGAGGAGCCUCAGGCUUCCCAGAGUUCUGGCAAGUGCGAAAUAAGUUCAGUACACCACAGUAGAGAAACCCUACCCACCAAUGAAUGUUUAGCUAAAAAGAAUAUGAAGGCAGACAUACCAGUGCAUGAGCAGACCUCUUUAAGCAAGGAGAAUUACCUAUUCAGUAGAGGCCAAACAUUUGAUGAAAAGACCCUAGCCAGAGAUUUUAUCCAGGCAGCAAAGAAGCAGAUGGCUCAUGCAGUGAGAGGUAAGACAAUGCGUAGCAGCCCUGAGCUUUUCAAUUCUGCUCUUCCUCUAUCUGCAGACAGUCCCACCCAUCAGCCUCUGGUCCUUCCACCUCUGCAAACCCCAAAGCUGUACGGAAGCCCCACACAGAUCGGGCCAAGCUACAGAGGCAUGAUCAAUGUUUCCACCUCAUCUGACAUGGACCAUAACUCUGCUGUUCCAGGGAUGCCUGACUGUGGCCAGGUACCUAGCAACGUCGGUGAUGUCAUGUCCUUUUCAGUGACUGUCACUACCAUCCCUGCUAGCCAAGCAAUGAAUCCCAGCAGCCAUGGCCAGACCAUUCCUGUCCAGGCUUUUCCUGAAGAGAACAGCAUAGAGGACACGCCUUCAAAAUGUUACUGCCGAUUGAAAGCCAUGAUCAUGUGCAAGGGCUGCGGAGCAUUCUGCCAUGAUGAUUGCAUUGGUCCCUCCAAACUGUGUGUCUCCUGCCUGGUGGUUCGGUAAUGAGACCAGAAAGAGAACUCAGUGUAACGGGGGCAAGAAGGGAAAGGUUGAUGUGUUUUUUGCAUCCUUUUGGAAUCACAGAAAUAAACGAGUAGGUUUCAGUUGUCCUAAGAGAUAAAUGUUACUUUUAAUCAGGAAUACAGAAGACAUACAGAUCUCACAUUUUAGGGAAGAGCACCUUGUAUAGUAAGUCUCAGUCAAGCAAGACUUUGUGAAUUCGUGACAAGUUUGCACUUACAAAAUCAUGUAAAUAUGUCACAUUUUGUUUUAACAUUAUUUUUCCAAGUGCUUAGGCAAUAAUGUAUUACUUUCAAUUCAGAUUUAUGUUCCACUUCAUGUGACCGAGAUGAGUUUAAUGCCAUACAUGGAGAAAGGAAUUGGUUUCCCUUCUGUCCUUUCCUCAGAGGCUAGGAAAAGAAGGUGUGAAGGAACAGUUUGUUGAAAUGAUCAUUCAUGUUGAUUAUGUCUUGACAGUUUGACUGAAGGCUCUCUAGGACUCGGAGUCAGGAUUUACGCAGUCCCUUUAACUUUAGAUGGAACCUUCUUAAGUUCAAAUUUUUGAUAAGGCCUUGAUUUCCCAGGUAGUAUUUCAGACUCUGAAAGCUCUGACUUGGUUCUUGGUUUCCAUAAGCCAGUGCUGUUGCUAAGCAGUCUGCUUACAAUUAGUGGAUCUCUGCUGUUCAGGCUCAUCCCACUCCCCAGGCGGGAGAUAGUGAAUGUGGUCCAUGCACGGUCUGCCUCCUCUAGCCUCUCAUGUUACCAGUGCCUGUGCUGGGCAACGGUUCCAGCAUUAAUGUCCAAGCAUUUGGUCAUUCUUGGGAGCUUACUAGCAGGUUCGAAAUACCAAGAUAAAAUUAAUGGAAACAUGUUAGUGUUGGGGUAAUUUGAACUCUGUUUUGUUGAGCGAGGGAAGUAAAGGUACAGAAAUUAUUAAACAACUUUGGAAACAGUUUUAACUCUAGAAACGAGGCUACUCUUUUCCUCUUCUAUCCAAACCCCAUCACCUGAUGUUCUGUAGUCAGCUGUUUCUGCAGGCUCAGUAGCGUUGCCUUGCCCGUUCUGUUAAACCUGCUUUGGCCUCCCAGGCAUCUGAGGAGCAUGGAGUAAUGGUGUAUUGCUUUGAACACUUAGGUAUGUACUCACACAUACACAGUAAAGAUGACUUUUCCUGUAUUAGGAAAUAUGCCCCCAGUUCUGGAUUAUUGCUAUGUAUAUUCAAAGAUUUCUAGUGUGAAGGGCUUGGUGGAUGGUGAAGGGAACGUCUAGAAAGAGAAAUUAGCUGCAAAGUUUUAUUGUUGUUUAUUAUUUUUUGUUUCCUUUUUUGCUGUUUUUUAAAUCCUGUCUCUAGUGACUGAAGUAUUUUUGAUUACAUAUAUUUAGGACAUGGUUAAACAAUGUUAAAAUAAACCUACAACUUACUAGAAUUUGGUAUUAAAAGAUUGGGGAUUGUCAGUGUGCAUCAUUUGCAUAUUGAUUUUAAGUCUCCUAAUUUCAAGUGUUAUUAAUAGUGCAACCUAGUGCCAUUCUUGCUGUACUACAUACUCAGAAUGUAAUAUUUACAAAAUACAAAACAGUUUAAACUCAUUAAUUACGUCACACUCCAGAUAAGGAGUACUAAUCUUUGCUGUGUCCCAUUUCUGUUUUCCCCCCAUGGCGUGCCCCUCCUCCUCCAUUAUAUACUCUUAAUAUUUCCAGACCCCAUAACUGUACUGUUUUUUCUUUCCCUUUUUUUUUUUUUGUGGGACCCUCGCCGGUGGCCGGGGAUCGAACUGGCGCUGCAGAGGCUGCGGGCAGCCUCGCAACCCAGAGCUCAACCGCUGCGCCACCAGGGGAGGCCCUGUUUUUUCAUCUUUUUUUUUUUUUUUUUGGUUUUGUUUUUUGGUUUUUUUGUGACCCAAGGCAAAUAUAGGAUUGAUAUCUGUGUUGUAGUUUCAGACAAGAUAGCAUUGAUAACGUCAUUUCAGCAGCCCUUUUCCUUCUAGUACACACCUAGCUAAGAGAUACAAAGACUGCAAGCAUCUAGGGAUAAGGAAUCAGUUCUCCAGCCAAGAACAGUAGGACAGUAGGAAACAGUAGGAAACAGAAACUGUUCUGUUCCCAUACUUAUCAGUGCCCUGGUUAAUCCAAAAGGGAUUUCAGGAGACCUAUUGCUGGGUGAACUUCUCCAUGCCCAGCUUCUUCACACCCCACUUCAGUGGCAGGAUUGAGGGCUGCCUGCCUGAAUGGUUGAGAGUUUCAUAACUAACCCCAUGCUAAAUUUUAAUAACCAGUUCGGAUUGAGCAAAGUGAUUUUUCUUCCUCACACCUUUCCUGUCACAGGACGUCUCUCCUCUGUGGCGCCUUUAUUCUAAGAUGGACAGACUAACCAGAAAAAUUAGGAAGAGCAUCAGGGAUUUUCAGGUCCAUUUGGAGAGCAAACCACAUUGUGCCUCUUCACCUUCUCCCAGGCUCUUGCAGAUAGUUCCCAAGCAUUACUAUUCACCUGAUUCUCUUACCAAUACCCAACUAAUAAAAUAUUUGCAUUUAUCAGUGCCCCCGAAACAGAGAUUGUAAGACAGAAAUAAUUUUGACCAUUGUUAGUAAAUUGAAUAUAAUCCACUAUUGAUUUGUUUUAAAACAGCGAUUUCAAGUAUAAAGUUAUCUCAUGAGCUGAACAAGAGAAAAAAUUACAAUCUGACCCUUUUGAAAGUGAAUGAAGAAUAAGAAAAAUUACUAGAGUAUGGUACUAUACUACCUUAUAAAGCAGUUUAUAUCUUAAGUUUUAAGUUGCUUUUCCUUUCCAUUCAGUUUGAACUGUUUCUAGUAAGUACUGAAGUUAUUUUUAUUAAAUUAUGCCAUUUCCAGUGACUAGUCUAGCAUUCUGCCUGAUGCUGCGCCUACAGUGUGUGCUUCUUGAGUUUUCACAAUCCUUCCUCUGCAGGUCACCAUGGAGAGAUAAGCAUUAACAAUAUAUCAUCUCAUCUUUCUUACGAGUGUUCUCGUAGAGAAGGCUCCCUGAAUCUCAAACAACUUUGAUUAAAAUUCUCUGUCUUACUAAACAGAAGAUAAUGCCAGAUAACCUUACGUUGUUUACCCUAAUUCUAGUCUUCACCCCUGUGCUCACGAUACUGAAACUGUGGUAUAUCCCAUGUAACAUUUUUAAAGGAAUUUCUGGCAAUUUUUGUAGCAGGGGAAGCAUAUUAAUUACAUGGAGUUGGAGGUGCACACGCAGAUGUUUUAGGAAUUAUUUCAGAUUCCAGUAGCCAAAGGAAAGCCUUACUGCCUUCCAGGUGAAGGCAUGAAUUCAUACAUAAUGACCUGACAGUUACCAUCCUAAUUGCUAAAUAUUGCCUUUCUCCACCGUUGAGUCCUUAAAGAGCUCUCUGGUGAAAUUUGUUGUAAUGGGAGUGAGUGGGUCUUCUCUGGUCAUUACACCGCUAUUUAUUUCUAGAACUCACUGUCAGUGAGCAGUGCCAGGGUUAUUUUUCUCUGUGGCCUAUCAGUUUCAAAUCACAGCAAGGAGGGAAAAGGCUCCCCAACACAUUGCAGCAGUAUGCGGAGUAAAAAGCUUAGCCAAGGGUAGUCAUCAGCUCAAUUUAUAGAAUAGUCCAAAGAGACUGAGAAACAUGAUUCUAGUCAGGGAUCUUCCCUACCGUGUUUCAAUACCUACAUACCUAUUGCAAGAGAGCAAUAGGUAGAACAUUUCCUAAAGUUGAAAUGAGAGCUUCAUAGAUUCUUGGUUACUUUAUUUUUUUUAAUGCUUUACAUUUGAUACAACUUAUUAAAGAUCAAUUUUAAACAUAGCUUUCCAGUAAUAUAUUUUAAGUAAUAUAUAUUUUAAUAUCUAUGUAAAAAGCGACAGUGGAAGACUUUGAAUUUUGCGUAUGGUGUGUUUAAUGUAGAACCUCACUGUUAAGGCACAAAUUAUUUCAAAGGAAGUUACUCUAAAGACGUUCAAAUUAUUUCCAAAAAAAUGCAAUAAGGGGAAUAGUUUUGGAGUUUUUUAUUUUAAAAGAAAGUUGACUUAUUUACUACAAGCUAUUUUUUUCCCUUCUGGCUAUAAGGUUUGUACAGACGGUUUGGUAAAUGCAAAACUUUCUUGUGUCUUUCGCCUUUUUAAAGGAAUUGUUAACAUUGGAAUUGAGGGUAUGUACAGAGAAGUUGGUGUCGACACCAUUUAAAAAGUCGUAUUUUUUCACAAAUAUAGAAAAAUCAUUUUACAUAAGAAUUUUAAGUAUUUGCAAUAAAUAUAUGUAUAUAGAUUGUAUGUAUUCAUAUAUUCUUAUUUUUCAUUUUAUUAUUAAGUAAAAGAUAAUUAAAGUGAAAAUAAAAGCCUUGGAGUUUUUGGUGAAUCUUGAGGUCUGACAUACAUCUAAGAGUACGUUGGCAGGGCCCUCAGUUAUUGCCUUAUACUACCACCGGGAGCUUACCACAGAUUGUGUAGGGGAGAGUGAGAAGAGAAAUUUGGUGAUAAACAAAUCAGGGUAGUAUAUUUCCAUCAGAACUCUAGUAAAAAUACUAAAUUCUCCUGAUCUGUGUUUCUGUGAUCCCCUCCUAGAACUGUUAUGUCUUCUAACCACCUAUUAGUAAAAAAAACUUUUUAAUGUGCCCACUAUUUGCUUCUAAAACAAAGAAUGGUAAAAUGUCUCAGGGGGGAAAUAGAUUUUUCUUUGUUUCCAGUGAUUAAUAAUUAACGAAACAUUCCCUGCCACCACCCUGCAAGCCAUAGGGUAUGUGACAAAAUCUCAUGAAGAAAACUUCCUUUUCUGUUUCCCGAUUCUUCUCCAAGAAGUGAGUUUCGUAGUAGUUUUAUUUCCUUCCUGAUUGACGUGGAGGGAUAGAAGAGCUUGAAUUUUGAUCUGCCCAGUGUCAGGUCAGGCGUUUAUGGAAAUGACGACUGAGCCAUAUGUUAGGAGAAAGUUAAUUGUCUAUAGUCUCAUAGCUAGAGAUAAUCUGGAAUCCUGCUGUCGAAGAGAAUUCAUUUUAUGGAUGUAAAUACUUGGUUUGAAGUGGAUACAAUUGAGGGAAAAAAAUGAUACCUAGUCAGUCUCUGGCAAUAAAGGUAUAUAGCCUAUUCUCAAAAUGAAUGACAUUUAUUGACCUACAGAAAAAUUAAUAUGCCCAUUGUUUGAGGAAAUGUAUCUUAAUGACCAGUGAAGCUGACUUGUUUUUGUAGUUCCAUCGUUCUCCCCAUAAUUACUCAGCUGUGGUUAUUUUCACCAAUAAAAAUGGCUUAUUUUGGAAUUUAAUAAGGAUACAUGGAAUGCUUCUUUAAAGACAGUCUUGUUAUUUUGCAAAAAUUAAAAUUUCGUACAUCAGACUUGCCCAAAGACAUGGCAGAUAAUUUAGCCAUCCAAGAUAACUCUCAAUCUUUGCUGAAAGUAUACUAUUUUCUAAAGGAAAUUUAUAAAGUCUCAGGGAACAUCAUCUGCAUCCUCAUAAUUCCCAUGUAUAGUAGAUAGGGAUGAAGGUGAAAUAUUAGUGUGUGCAAACCAAUCUGUGAUGACCAUUUACAGACACACCUUUCUAGUACAUAUUUAUAAUUAUUUUAAUGGGCCUUCUACCUCAUGGGAAAUAAAAUUUAUAUUCAGGUAAUGGCAGGAGCCUAAGGGUAUGGUUGGUCUGUAGUUGAGUAAGAAAGAGUAGUAUACCAAGAACAUAGUGUUGACUUGCAGCCACAACUUUAUUUUCAUCACAGUUGUUGAAACCUGUGUUCAUUGCUUUUGACACUACUAGGCCAUAGGUGGUCUUCAGAGGUCGGAUUUUGCAUAAUGUUUCUAGCUAUUUUUGCAUAUAAGUCUUGUUUUUCACUAAUUCAAAUGUUUAUUGAGUACCAACUAUGUGCUAAGCACUGUGGUAAAGUUCUGGUUAAGCAAGAAUAAAUAAAAGCAGUUAUGUGAAUUGUAAAGGCCUUCCUAGAGUAGUAACCAAAUAGCAUGCGUCUGCAUCUGACCACCUUUUCCAAGACAUGUUGCAAGUUUGAGUUACGAAAUAGUAGACAUGGAGGUACUGGGUGAAACAAUGACAAGACACAUGCAUUGCUCCUAUUUGAAACAGCAAUGUGGAAAUGAGUCGCCAUGUUUGUUUAUUGAGAACUGUCAUCGGGAGAUCUAGACUUGUUUAUAGAAAUGUUAAGAAAUACCUUGGUAACACUGUAUUUUGUCAGUGCUUAUUCUUAAAUUUUCUUUACCAUUUGUAUUUAACCUGGAUUGUUGGAUUUGUGACUGAAAUCCUAUAUGCCAACAUACCCAUUUUCACCUUUCAGUCAGAUUAAGAGAGACUGACCAAAAGUAAUCCCUGUCGAUUACUUCUGGUGUAUGCCUGGAAAGAUGCUUUAUCUAAUGUUCAACUAACCCUUUCAGCUAACAAUUGGGUAGGUAAUAGAGCUAAGCUAUCACUGUUCAAGCUAAAGGGAAUAAAAAAGCAUUCCUUGAUUUUUUACAUCAUACAGACUGGUGAGGAGGAAGUGUAUCACUUCAUUUUAAGUUGUUAAAGAGAUGUAACCUGGGUUUUUUUCCCUCCAUGAAUGGAUAAAAUUAAUGUUCUUUAAACUUUAAUACUGUAGGAUUCACUUUUUUUCUGUGUAUCACAAACUUGAAUUAGACUUCGGUAGGACUCUAGCCCUUUUUAGUGAACUAAAUCAUUAUUUAAGGGCUUUUUGUAGAAAGGUGUUAAAAGAAUAGCUUGUAUUUCAUCAAUACUUACUCUUUAAAUUUCCUUACCAUUUAUCUUUAAACUGGAUUGUUGGGUUUGCAACUCAAAUUCUACAAUGUACCCUAUAUUCAUUUUCACCUUUCAGUCAAAGAGAUAGGUGUCUUCCACUCUGUAAUGUAGUCUCAACUCUCCAGGAAGUAGGAGAGUAGAUGAUACUACAUCUUCCUAAUUCUUGGUGACCUUAAUUGGAAAAUUGGAUUUUUUUAAUAGACUAUAAACUAAGUGUUCUGUAUACCCCUGUGUAGCUUUCUAUUCAAAAAAGGGAAUUUAUUCCCUAGGAAGAUUUCUUUGUAACAGGAAACUGAACUUGGAAGAGAGCCACCCAGACAUGAUUCAGCUGUGGUGAUGGACUGUGACUAGAUAGCGGGUUCUCCUGAAUAAUAACUUCAAACUCAGUUUUCCUGGUUCUUCAAACUGAAGAAGCAAAAGGGAAUUUAAAAACAUACCCUCAAUUUCAUCUUGACUGCGAAACCUAGAGAAUCCCUGGGCAGAAGAAAGGUAAACCCAAGAUUGGAUCUAAGAUAGGCUUAAGUAAGCCUUGAGUUAUUCUUUUACUGUGAAUAUAUUUUUUAGGGUUUUGGAUUCGUAACAAUGUUGAAUUGCCAUGAGUGGAACAUGGAAUUUGAUUUGGGAUAUUUUGUGAGCUUGGUAAUGGUUUUUUAUUGAACUAUCUAGUGAUAGGCUUUACUGCUGAUUUAGGGUUGUGCACUUGUGUCUGGUAAGUGACGCAGAUGUUAGCUCAGACACUAUAUUAAACCAACUUGAGUCAACACUUAAUUUUUUAAACUUGAUCUUGGAGCUUUAAAUAUUUAAAAUUCAGAUGAGCUCAGCAAGAAAGCACAUUAAAUGUUAUCAAAAUAUUUGAAGACACUUUAGAAAUAUUAUUUUAUGCCCAACCUAUAUCCUUCCUAUGGAAAGUGUGAUACAUAAAAUGCAUUUCUUGGUUCUUUUCAAUAACCAGGGUCUGUGUUUUCAGAUACCUAGAGCUUGGAAAUGUUGGAGUUGGACUUUGACCCUAAGUUAACAAUUUUCGUUUUAGGUUUUUAGGCAAUGACAUUUUGAAAACUUAAGUAGGGACCCCAGCUAAACCUAUGUGUAAUUGCUUUGAAUAAGCUUUAAGUUAAUGAAAUUUGGAGUCCUGAUCUUAAAUUUGUUUUCACUUUUGUUGCAUAAGGAGGUAGCUUCUAGACUGGGAAGACCUGAUAAUUUAUUCUCUGAUAAUAAACUACUGAUUGAAGAGCAAGUUUGUUCUUAGUGAAUUUUCAAAAUUUCUUUAGAAUCCAUGGAAGAUCUAGAGUACUUGAUAAACGAAACUCUAGAAAUGAAACUUUUCUCUUAGCCGUAAGUGCUAUGACCUGUUUUUUAAAAACCCAUCUUAAUUCUGUGACUCAUUGCAUCACACCUUAAGACUUGCACUAGCACCAAGAGAAAUCAGAAUGGAAGAAAUGACCUUAUGGUGGUCUUGUUCACUUUAAAAUCUCUGUGCACAUAGGCCUUAGCACUUUGACAGAAAAAACUCUGCCUUUUAUUAGCUCCUCACUAUCUUUAUUCCUCUCACUUUUAGUCUGUUCUUUUUAUUGGUCAUAUAAAACUACCUUCUUCAGAAUUGAAUGUAUAAUAAUGUUUCUGCACAUGGACAAACUGUAUUUCAUCUUAAUGACUCAGUUUAUGUUGAAUAAAGGCAUACAGUUUUACUCUAGUGACUGUGCC